UGAUCUUCCUUAAAUCCCUCCAGUUUUCUCAAGAUCUCACAGAAGUGGAAAACAUAGAGAUGGAUCACACCCAGAUCAAGUUGAAGGAAAAGUUGGAGUUCCUUGAUAUACUCAAACAUGCCCUAAAUAUCUUAUACAAAAGUACCUGGUUCAUUGUCUUCAGCCUUCUCACAUACCUUCCUCUACUCUGCUUCUUGCCUCUCUUUGAGAUAAUUCUCCAGAAAGUUCUGCUCGAAACCCUUGAGUUCCUUGCAGAAUCUUCUGCCCUCAAUUAUCAGGAGCAUGUUGUGUAUCUUUUUUCAAAUAACUCCUUUCAUUUGUAUGAACCUGAACAUCAUACAGUGGACAAAGAUUUUCCUAUUUCCUUGAUUGUACACUGUGUUCUUUAUUUGGUCCCAUAUCAUCUUCUAGAGCUCCUCAGCGUAAUCCUGACUGUGGAUACAACAUUGAUGAUAUACACAGAGGAGAAGCGGGUCAGCCUAAGAGAUAUAUACAAGUCACUCAAGAAAACAAGGGUAAAAGGUCCAUUCAUUACAUCAGUGUGUGUUUUGUUCUUCUCAACUUGUUUUCUUGUUGGAUUUGCAGCUAUAGUGACACUUUUCUGUCUUCUCUUGAAAUUGAAUUUCUCAAAAUGGCACCCUUGUUGCGAUCCAAUCUGGUUGAUUACAUCAAUUUUCCAAGGAGUUGCUCUUAUAGCAUCCUUGAUUAAGUACUUAGAUUGGAGGGCCUGUUGGAAUAUGGCUCUAGUUAUAUCAAUUGUGGAGGAAACUUAUGGAGCUGAAGCUCUAAGGCUUUCUGCUUAUUACAGCAGGGGAAGUAACCGUCGGGGAAUUUUUCUUUCCCUUGUGUUCUUUGUGUGGGAACUUUUCUUUAGGGUAUCCUGCCUACUGGGUAGAUGCCAUGAGAGGCAGGGAGUAUGGAUGUGGAGUUUGGUUAGCAGCAGCUUGAUUUGUGUGGGGAAUGUAAUGAAAUGGGUGGUUUUUGUGGUAUAUUUCUUUGACUGCAAGAAAAGGGUUUUAGAGAAGAAGAUUGAUGAGGAAGUUGGAGGAGAGACUAAAUUUGUGGAAUCUUAGGUGUCUUGUCCAUUUUGUAAGCAGCAGGAAGUGAAAUUGGCAUUGCAGAUGCAGCAGUCAGGGAAACUUGUAAUGCAGUUUUUGUAGAGUCUCUUUUAAUCCAUAAUAAAACCAACAUCUUAAU